GCGCACUCCAGUCUCUACGGUGAGCGCGAGGCGGCGGCGGCUGGGCACCGCCAUUUUGGCCGGUGGCCGCAGGAACACGUUGUGCGGCCCAGAGCCUGAGGCCGGGCCCUAGGUCGUCGCUGCCGCCGCCCUCCCCGCUCCCGGGGCGGUCCUUUAACUCCAGAAGACCUGGGUUCCUGCUUCCCUUGCUUACAGAGUCAUCUUUCUUGCUGUAUUGUAAGCCUGCAUUGACAAAUAUGGCAGACAAACUAACGAGAAUUGCUAUUGUCAAUCAUGACAAAUGUAAGCCAAAGAAAUGCCGACAGGAGUGCAAAAAGAGUUGUCCAGUAGUGCGAAUGGGAAAACUAUGCAUAGAGGUCACACCACAGAGCAAAAUAGCAUGGAUUUCUGAAACACUUUGCAUUGGUUGUGGUAUUUGUAUUAAGAAAUGCCCUUUUGGCGCUUUGUCAAUUGUCAAUUUACCUAGCAACCUUGAAAAGGAAACAACACAUCGAUAUUGUGCCAAUGCCUUCAAACUUCACAGGUUGCCUAUCCCUCGUCCAGGUGAAGUUUUGGGAUUAGUUGGAACUAAUGGUAUUGGAAAAUCAACUGCCUUGAAAAUUUUAGCAGGGAAGCAAAAACCAAACCUUGGAAAAUAUGAUGAUCCACCAGAUUGGCAAGAAAUCUUGACUUAUUUUCGAGGAUCUGAGUUGCAAAACUAUUUUACCAAGAUUCUAGAAGAUGACCUAAAAGCAAUCAUCAAGCCUCAGUAUGUGGACCAGAUUCCCAAAGCUGCAAAGGGCACUGUGGGUUCUAUUUUGGACCGAAAGGAUGAAACAAAGACACAAGCUAUUGUGUGUCAGCAGCUUGACUUAACCCAUCUCAAAGAACGAAAUGUUGAGGAUCUCUCAGGAGGAGAGUUGCAAAGAUUUGCUUGCGCUGUUGUUUGCAUACAGAAAGCAGAUAUUUUCAUGUUUGAUGAACCUUCCAGCUACCUAGAUGUUAAGCAGCGGCUAAAGGCUGCCAUUACUAUACGAUCGCUUAUAAAUCCUGAUAGAUAUAUCAUUGUUGUGGAGCAUGAUCUGAGUGUUUUAGAUUAUCUCUCUGACUUCAUCUGCUGUUUGUAUGGAGUGCCAAGUGCUUAUGGUGUUGUCACUAUGCCUUUUAGCGUAAGAGAAGGUAUAAAUAUUUUCUUAGAUGGUUAUGUUCCUACGGAAAACUUAAGAUUCAGAGAUGCCUCACUGGUUUUUAAAGUGGCUGAAACAGCAAAUGAGGAAGAAGUGAAAAAGAUGUGUAUGUAUAAAUAUCCAGGAAUGAAGAAAAAGAUGGGUGAAUUUGAGCUCGCAAUCAUUGCUGGAGAAUUCACAGACUCUGAAAUCAUGGUGAUGCUAGGAGAAAAUGGUACUGGUAAAACUACAUUCAUCAGAAUGCUUGCUGGCCGACUUAAACCUGAUGAAGGAGGGGAGGUACCAGUUCUAAAUGUCAGCUAUAAGCCACAGAAGAUCAGUCCCAAAUCAACAGGAAGUGUACGCCAAUUACUACAUGAGAAGAUACGAGAUGCUUACACUCACCCACAAUUUGUCACUGAUGUAAUGAAGCCUCUGCAGAUCGAAAACAUCAUAGAUCAAGAGGUGCAGACAUUAUCUGGUGGUGAGUUACAACGAGUUGCUUUGGCUCUUUGUCUGGGCAAACCUGCUGAUGUCUAUUUAAUUGAUGAACCAUCUGCAUACUUGGAUUCUGAGCAGCGUCUAAUGGCAGCCAGAGUUGUCAAACGUUUCAUUCUCCAUGCUAAAAAGACAGCCUUUGUGGUAGAGCACGACUUUAUCAUGGCCACCUAUCUAGCAGAUCGGGUCAUCGUUUUUGAUGGCAUUCCAUCUAAGAACACACUUGCAAACAGUCCUCAAACCCUUUUGGCUGGUAUGAAUAAAUUUUUGUCUCAGCUUGAAAUUACUUUCAGAAGAGAUCCAAACAACUACAGGCCAAGAAUAAAUAAACUUAAUUCAAUCAAGGAUGUUGAACAAAAAAAGAGUGGAAACUACUUUUUCCUGGAUGAUUAAGCUAACUAAGAAUAUUGAUAAUACAUUUCUACAACUAAAUAUAAUCGGAAUUUUUGGUGUAUAAAACUUUAAUCAGGUUUUAGAAUGCCCCACAUAAUCUGGAGUUUGAAAUAUGAUUUACUUUAUCUAACUAGUAGCCUUGUAUGUAUUAUGCUCUAAACAUCAGACACUACCACUUUUAUGUACUCAUUGACAAAGCCAUUCUUUGUGUAAAGUUCUAAGAUGAAGACAUUUCAAGUAGAAUUACCUCCAGAUUUUCAAAACUUAUGGGGAGAUUUUCACUAUAAGUGUAAUUUAUUCAUGUACCAAAUGCUGACCAGUGUUUCCAAUUUUAAAAAUCUUUAAGAACUGUUUUCUGUACCCUCGUACCUUCUGUACCCUCAAGAUAUAGAAGCUGCUCUUAUUUUAAAAAGCCAGUCAAAGACUCUUAAGGUGAGGAUUUGAUAAAUAAACAUCCAUCAGAAGUA